AUGACACAUAAUUUACUCACCCAACUCAACCUACCCUUACGUCAGACGUAUUUCUGGACCGACUCAUCUAUAGUUUUGGCCUGGCUUAGUAAACACCCUAAUUUGUGGAACACAUUUGUAGCAAACCGAGUUUCUACAAUAAUCCAGACUGUCGGUGUUGAAAAUUGGUAUCAUGUUGCUUCGCACGAUAAUCCUGCCGAUGUUGCUAGCCGAGGAUGUAAUGCUGAUGAGUUAAAAGAUGACACUUUAUGGUGGAAUGGACCAUCGUGGUUGAAAGAAGUCGCGUCGAAGUGGCCAACAACAAAUAAACACUUCAUUACUCAAGCUGAAGCUAAAGUUAGUCAGUCGUUUGCUACGACAAAUCUUAACCCGUUAACCCCUGGACACUUUUUAAUUGGCUCACCCAUACUUACCCCUACAGAACCCGACACAAGCAGUGAUAAUAUAACCGUGGCUAACAGAUGGCAAAAAUUAAAGAUACAACAUCAAAACUUUUGUAAAAGAUGGAAAGAUGAAUAUCUUAAAGAGCUCCAUAAAAGAUAUAAGUGGAAAAACAAUACCCGAGAAGUUGAAAUAGGUGAUAUUGUAGUAAUUAGACAAGACAAUUUAGCACCCAAUGAAUGGUUACUUGGACGUGUGACCAAAACACACCCUGGUUCUGAUGGUAGAAAUAGAGUAGUUGACUUACAAACUUCAACUGGAACUCUAACACGACCAAUUACUAAAAUUGUUGUUUUACCCGUUAAUUAGUCUAAUACUUUUACUCAAACCCUA